AUGGAACGGCACGCCGUGGUCACCGAGGUGACCCAGGAUGCCGUCUCCGCGGCCACACUCCAGAAGGUGCGGUUGAAAAUGAAAAACCUGACGCUACACCAGCACGGCACUUUCUCCAACGUUUACAGAGGUACCUUAGUUGAGCCGGGCGGCCCGAUGGAGGUGGCGAUCAAGAAGACGUGGCCAGAGCCUUAUGGAGACCCAAUCUCCUUCGAAGGUGCCUUCCUGCGCGGCGCGGAUCGACCGGGGCACAAGAACAUCAUGCAGCUACUCUACACAUUUCGAAAUGACAAGGAGACGUGGAGUCGAGCCUGCGAGUCGUUCGUCUUCGAGUUGAUGCCCUUCAACCUUGGCCAGUUGAUAAAAUCGAAAGAAGCAAUCGAAAAGACGGACGUCAAGCUGUACGCGUGGCAGCUCUUCUCCGGGCUGUUGUACUUGGAAAAGAACCUGAUAAUCCACCGCGACUUGAAACCGGUGAACGUGUUGGUGGACCCGGAGAAAGGGAUUCUGAAAAUCACCGACUUCGGCUCGGCCAAAGUCGUCGUCCCCGAGCAUCCCAGCACGUUUUAUCAGGUGACCCGCUUCUACCGGCCGCCGGAGCUGAUCCUCCGCUCGACCCGCUACGAUACGACAGUUGACGUCUGGUCGGCCGGCUGCGUGCUGGGCGAAAUGCUGAAGCGGAUGGUGCUCUUCCCCGGCCGCGACACCUACGAGACGCUAAAACUGAUCGUCACCAUCCUCGGCUCGCCCAAACCCGAAGACGUCGUCGCGAUGAAGGUCACCAAGAAGUUUGUUGGGGCACCGGUGGCGCCAGCCGGGGUGAAAAUGUUACUUCCAAAAAGCGACGACGAGACGCUGCGCGUCAUGGAGCAGCUGCUCGUCUACGACCCACAGAAGCGGCUACGGGGCCAGAAAUUUCUCGAACACCCGUGGUUUGAGGAGAUUUUUCGACCCGGCGCUCGUCGAAAAUCCGGCCAGCCCAUCGCCCAGAUCAUCACCGUGUCCGACCGGGCGGCGGUCCGGGACCCGUGGGUCGUCUCCAAGUUCACCCGCAUGCAGCAGGCUGCCGAGCGGUUGCGUCGCGACAAAAAGCUCGAAUACUCGCACGGGAGCCGAUCGACCGGACAGCUGAAGCCGGGCAACGAGGCGGUGAAAAGAGCAGUUUCUGCGGAUUGUCGACCUGCUCGAGCCGUGUCGGAGGAGGGCAAGAAGGAGAAGAUCCCGAGCCCCGACGCCAUCGUC